UAUAACUGAACCUGAGUUAGAGGAGAGAUUUGUUUUGACAUCUUCUCUGGCAAAAAGUGUAUCUAUGGGUGCUGGAAACCUAGCACUGGAAAAGCUUAGUGGCAGAAAUGGCUUUCAGAUAGACAAUACAGUGCCGGAAAACUCCUCAGGACAUUAUGUACCCAAUGGAACAUGUGAUGUGCAGGAGCCAUGCUGGGAUCGAACUUUUCAGGUCACACCCAUGGACUAUACAGACAGCCAUAGCCCUGAUGCUCUCAGUUGCACCACCGUCACUUCAAAGCAAAAAGGCUUAUAUGACAUUUUGACUCCUUCUCCUAUAGCUCUGGCUGACCCGCAUAUGAAAAAAGGGAAAGCAUGUGGAGAAAAGCCCCAUGAUGUCAAUGAGGUAAAAACAGGCAGUGAUACUCCAUGCACUGAAUAUCUUUCCCAAGUAGAUUUCCAAACAGCCUUGGAAUCUAGGGAACCUGAGGACAGAGAUGCUGAUUUAUCAUCAAUGCACGAGCAACUGCAGAAACUUCUUUAUGAGGAAGAAGACUGGGGUUAUGACUUCACUUGUACCAGCAGCGAGGUUAAGCGUUUAGCAGCUGGGACUGACGUUGCCAAGGAGGUUGAAGGACUGAUCAUUACUGGGGAUGUAAGUGCUGGACAGCAUGUGUCAGCCAAUUUAACAGAAGAUAAUCAGCUUGUCACAGAAUUGGCAACUGUAAUGAAUGGCUGCACUGAUUUUAACAGCCUGCUAAAAACAGAUGAAGCAUGUAGCAGGACAUCCAUGGGCAAUAGCUCUCUCCCGCUACCUGUAGAAUCAGAUGCCAUGUGUCUGUGCUCUGCCUUUGGACAUGAAACACAAAAGCCAUCUGCUCAUCUUUUAAGCAGCAGUCUUGUAAAUGCAGAAACACAUUUGUGGAAUAAAGACAGCAAGACACAGCCUGAUCAUAAUAGAUCUAUUCAGAUGUCUACUUCUCAGGAAGGAACAAUUAUAAGUGAUAAUGUUUUGUUGUCUUGUGGAACAGAAUCUCCAUUCAAACUGAAAGAAGUUACAAACCAAACUUUAGAACGAGAAAUGUUAUCAGGUGUCCCUACUAAUUAUCUAGGCCAAUUGCAUUAUAUCGAACAGGAUGUUCAUUGUACAGAUGGCCCCAUAGCAAAGCAGGCUGAUGAGAUGCCUGCUGAAGAGUUUCAUGUUACAUUAUGCCAUUCAAGAAUAAAAGAGCGUGCUAAUCUUGCCGAGCUUUCAGUGAAAGAGGAUUCAUCCAGUAAUUUCCCUGGCAAAAAUAUGGAUCAAUUUACAAGUGAAGAACACUCUUCAGUUAAAGCAGUCGAUAAAAGCACUAAAGAUAAAUUUCAGGAGAAAAGAACUGAGUCAGACACGAAAGCACAAAGUGGCAGUAAUUGUGGCAUUUAUCAUGUUUUGAGAGGUAAUAAUAGUAAAGAUUUUCAAGCUGAAUCUGAUGCACAGAAUUACGGUUACUAUAUUCAAGAACAUAAUUCCGUAAUCGCCACUGAAUCUCAAGUAGAUCAGGAUGGACUAGGAGAUUCUAGCCAGGACAACAAAAGAAUCAAGAGAGGCAUGCAAGAACCAGUGUUCACAGCAUCAUAUAAAGUUAGCUUCUUGACUGAACUUCUGUUAGAAAUAAACAAGGAUGAUAAAAAUGAUCUGAUCUAUGAAUGGGGGGACUUGGAAGCGACUACCAAACAAAGUGCCCCAGAAUCUAAACAUGUCUUAGAGAUGGCACCAUCCAAGUCUCAACAAAGGGGAAAUGAUUCUAGCAUUGUUGGCUUUUUUUGUGAAAUGGUGGAAGGGUUAGGAAUGGGUUCUGCAUGCACUCUGUCUGAAUCUGGGGUAUCAACAGCCCUAAAUACCAUGCAUCCUUCAGCUAUCGGAAAUGAGUGUAGCAGGAAUGACUGGGACUCUCAGAAUGCUACCAAUAAGGCAGGCAAUGUUAUGAUUUCUACUGAUGGGAAUCAGCCAAAACGUGUGUGCAAAGGUGAUAAAAAUGCCCUGGUGACAAAUUAUUCCAGAACUGAAAGUAUAAUGCAAACUGAACUCAGGCAGAUUGAAUUUCAGAAGGAUAAGAAUGCACAAGCACCUGAACUGCAGCAAGAUCAGUGUCAAAGGGUGAAGGAAAAAAGUAAGACUCAAACUGCCCAGUAUGACAGAGAAAGAGAAAUGCCUAUGGCACAUGAUAUUGAGGAAACUGAAGUGGAACCUUAUAUGCAAGCUCUAAUGGAUUCAGAAGAACAGAAACACUCUGGGCAUGAUCGCACUGAACUACAAGAAAGAAACCAAGAAGUAGAAGAAGCAAGUCACACCAAAAUAAUCCCAUGCGAAAGCGAUGCCAAAGAAAAUCAAAAGUCCAUGGAAUGUGACCUAGAGGCAGCUGAAGUGGAGCCUUACAUGAUGGCACUUGUUAAUUCCAGAGAGAUGUAUUCUUGGCAUGAUAGCAUAAACAAUGUGCAUCCAUCCAUGAUCCCUUCCAGUGAGCAAACUGAUGUGUCUGUGGGAGAAUUAGUGAGUGAAUCUGCAGCUAUAUCUAUGGGCCACAGUCCAGCUGGGGCAUUCACUGCUUGUGAGAGUCCAACUCUCAGUUCAUCAGAGCAUGCAAUGGGGACAUUAGUCAGCAUCUCACCUGGUGCCUCUGAGAGCAGUCAUCAUUCUCAGGAACGGCUGCCACAGGGCAAAACUCAGCCGUGCUUCUUAGCAGCAACUGCAGAUGAUCCAUGUGCAUUAAAAGGAGAGAGGGCAAAGUCGCAGGAGGCAUACAGACUCUGCAAACCACCUUCAACUCAUAAUAGCCUUGAGGACGUGAAGCGUAAGCAAGAAAUAGUAAAGAAGAAAAUGGUGUCAAAGGUGCAAGUGAAGAAACCGCGCCUUGAAGCUAAGGAAAAUGUUUGCAAAAAUGCCAGCUGUGUUAAAAAAGUCUUGAAAGCUGAGGCAGGUUUGACUCACAAAGAAGAUAAGAGAGAGCAACGGAAACUGCCUUGCAAAAAAGAUAGCAAAGCCCCCAAAUUGCUGAAGAAAAUCCAGGCAGAACUAUUCUCUGAUUUCUCUGGAAAUAUCAAAUUAUGCUGUCAGUUUGGCGAAAUUAAUGAAGAUUCCACCAUUACAUGGACUAAAGACUCCAAACUACUAACCCGAGUUCAAAGAAGUGCAGGAGAUGACUUUCCAGUCUCUUUGGCAAUAGUUCAAGCUGGUAAAAAAGACCAAGGACUCUAUUACUGUUGCUUGAAGAAUACGUAUGGGAAAGCAACUGCAGAGUUCAACCUGACUUCUGAAGUAUUGGAACACCUUUCCAGUUUUCAGGAUGUGGAAGAACUUGAGUCAUCCAAUGAAAUAACAGUGACAAUAGAUUCAGGACAGACAAAAGAAAGCUUGGAAGACAUUGAAUUCUUACAGCUUAUGUUCAGAGAAGACUUCAUCAGCGAGAGUUAUUUCAGUAACAGCUUGCAUGGGAGAAUCACCACAGAAGAGUUGCAUUUUGGAGAAGGAGUGCACCGAAAGGCUUUCCGAAGCAAAGUCAUGCAAGGCUUAGUGCCCGUGUUCAGCCCUGGACACCCCUGUGUACUUAAAGUGCACAAUGCCAUUGCCUAUGGGACCAAGAACAAUGACGAACUUGUGAAAAAGAACUACAAACUGGCAUUGCAGGAAUGUUAUGUUCAGAACACAGCGAGAGAGUACGCCAAGAUAUAUGCUGCCGAAACAAAACUCUUGGAAGGCUUUGGAGAGGUGCCAGAAGUCAUUCCCAUUUUCCUUAUUCAUCGGCCCAAGAAUAACAUCCCUUAUGCAACUGUAGAAGAGGAGCUAAUAGGAGAAUUUGUGAAAUAUUCUAUAAGGGAUGGAAAAGAAAUAAACUUCAUGAGAAAAGACUCAGAAGCUGGCCAGAAAUGUUGCACCUUUCAGCACUGGGUAUAUGAGAAAACCAGUGGCAGCUUGCUCAUAACAGAUAUGCAAGGUGUAGGAAUGAAACUAACUGACGUUGGCAUAGCAACAUUGGCUAAAGGGUACAAAGGUUUCAAAGGUAACUGCUCAAUUUCAUUUAUUGAUCAAUUCAAGGCCCUCCAUCAGUGUAAUAAAUACUGUGAGAUGCUGGGACUGAAACCUCUUCAAGCCAGCUGUCAGAAACAGAGGAAGCCAGCUGCUACCAAGAUUAAGGCACAGCCAAGCUCAAGUACUGCAAAGAAAACUGUGAUUGGUCCGCAGGCUGCCAAGAAAACAUAGGACUUUCUUUUCCAUCAACAACAACAAAAAACUUUGCAGUCUCAUGAUUGCAAUAGGACCUUUCUAGAAAUGCAUACUAUAUUUUUUUAGAACUGAACACUCCAUCAAUGGUGCAUUUAAUAUUCUACAUGUAGUCAUAAUUGCUAUUUUAAAAGUGGCAGAGUGAAUAGCCUAUUAGAUGGACAGUCAAAGCUGAAAAAUUUGAAGAGAUCAGCACCCCAGUAUCAAGUAACGUUGCAUAGUUAUGUGUGAGGACUCUCAGGGGACUGGUGGUUGUUUUCAUAGUCUCUCUUUUGGAGACGAUGCAGGAUAUGGACCUUUGGGAAAAUUGCAUUUAGUAGAUUUCCAUAUAAUUCAGCUGCUAAGCAUGUAUAUUAAUAUAUUAAGGAUGUUCCAAGCUACAUGAGGUGAAAGAUACAUGUCCCUUAUUGUAUUCUAUCCAGAGAAUGUGUGAACCUGCUCCAUUUGUAUCUUUACUCAAGAGUGAAAGAUAACUGUUGUUAUUUCUACAAGUUUCUGUUUGCUUCUCAGAUUGGCAUGAAAUAUGGGAGAUACACACAGUGGAUGAGGAACUCGCCUGGAGUUGGAUUUGCUUUGGACCUCAGACCACCAAUUCGGGGUUUUGUUUUGGUUUUUUUGGACUGAUAUUCAGUACUGUUAGCUAUGUCAAAGAUAUGAUCAAGUAUAGAACAGUGGUAUCCACCAGGACCAGAUGGUGUGGAGCCCACAAUGCCUUUAUUUGUGUGACCAUCUCUUUCCUUACCAUAUUGUAGAUCCCAAACCUACAGCUAUCUCCUGGCUUCUGUGUGGCAGUAUGAAUAUUGGCUAGAACCACAUGCUCAGCUCUUUGCAUCUGGGCACUUUCCAGAUUAGACUCUGAAACGUGGUCACGUCAGAUCUCGGAAGUGUGUUUUCACACUUCCUGCAUUGUGCCACCGCAGUCCCUAUGUGGACAGCAGGGUGCCGUUCACAUUGCCAAUGCCUUGUCUCGAAUUUAAUUGCUGCGAUAUAAAGCUAAGAUGUCGUAUAUCCGGCGUAAGGAAGUUGCUGUUUUUUCGGGUUGUAGUUGCUGCGAGACUGCUCCCCCUGCUGUUUACAUUUUCACUGUGACUUGCCUGAACGGAGGCAUUUUGCCACUGUUGAGCAUCUAGUCUGGAAACCGCCAUAAUGUGCAUGGUCGCAUCUGUAACUAUUGUGAACAGGGGCGUAACUACCAUUAGGCAAGAGGAGGCGGCUGCCUGGGGGCCCCCACACCUCGAGGGGCCCCCCAGAGGCAAGUCACAUGACUCCCCAACACCCGCAGAGCUUUGGUGCCGUGGAAAUGCCAACCCCAAGUUCGGAGCAAAGGCUGCAUGCAUGCAGCAAAGUCCUUGUCUGCAGAAGCAACUCUGAGCCGGGAGCGCUCUUCCCCAUGGGAGGGUGGAGGGACGGGGUUAAAGCGAGGGAAUGGAGUUUUCUAGAGAAGCUGGCAUAAUGGGGAUGUGAGUGUGAGUGCACUAUAUAUUGUGAGGUAUGUGUGUAUCAGCGAGGGGCCCAUUUUAAAAUUUUGUCUCUGGGCCCACUCCAGCCUUGUUACGCCCCUGAGUGUGAAAGUGGGUAUGUGAAAGACAGAGGUAGAUGUAGGUGUGUUAGUGGAGGCUUCAAGGCACAGCAACAUUCUGACUAGCAGAUGCAGAUGUCGGGGGAGGGAGCAUGGUAGGUAACUGUGCAUUUUUGAAACUUAUGAAUACAAUAAAUGCCAUAUUGGGUCAGACUGAAGAUUCAUCUAGUCGAUCAUCCUGUUUCCCAUAGUGGCUGACUAUAUAUUUCCAGGAAGUCCACAGAAAUAUUACCUCUAAAUAUGGAAGUUCUAUUUGGACCUUGCAAGAAGGGAGGAAUGUUACCUGUUUGAGGUAGGUCAUGGUUGGUGCAUGUAUGUGAACAGGCAUAUGUGGUUGUUAGAAACCUUGCACCAUUUCCUACUCCUAUGGCCAUUUUCUUUCAUAAUAUUUCAAAAGAAACACUGGCCUGCAAUAAUUCAUUUCAUCACACCUUCAGCCCUGACACCUCCUACAUCUCAAUCACCCCCUGGCGAUUUCCAGGUCAAUACCACUGUACUAGAAUAAUUGUUUUAUUUCCUAAUUAUUUGCACUAUAAUGAUAAUCCUUAUUAUACUCCUUACAUUUCCCCCCCAAUUAAAUUUCUACUGAAACAAGA